GCUUCAAUAGUAAUUAUCUUGUUGUAAGGAGUGAAAACAGAGCUUCAUUCAUUUCUUUAGGCCGGGGAGUCUGGAGACUAAAUACCAUCUCUAUUCUAAACCAGUAAUCAAAGAAUGAGCGCCUCUGCUGAAGUUGUCGAGGCCAAGGUUGGGGAAAACAAUGUAAUCAGUUUAGAGAUGGUUGAAGAACUACCUACGGCAUUAGAACAGAAGAGUGUUGAAUGCUCAGUAGAAAGGAAAAAGUCUUUGCAGGCUCGAUAUUCAUAUGGCAUUAUCUUCUUGUUGACAAAUCUUAGUGCUUGGUUCAUCCGCGACUAUGGACAAAAGGUCUUCCCUCAGCUUCAGUAUCUAGAAUCUUGUGGAAUCGAGGGACGUGAUUGUUUUCAUACUAUGGGAGUUCUUCGUGUGAGUUUAGGUUGCUUUAUAUUUUUCCUUUUAAUGUUCCUCACAACAUUUAAAACAAGCAAAUUAGAUGAAGCUAGCAGUGAGUGGCAUUCCAGAUGGUGGAAAUUGAAGUUUAUCCUACUGAUUGUAUCAUUGACAGUUCCAUUCUUUUUCCCCUCGGAUUUUAUUCAUUUCUAUGGUGAACUUGCUCGUGUCGGUGCAGGGAUAUUUCUUGUUCUCCAGCUCAUUAGUGUGAUCCAGUUUAUCACAUGGUGGAAUAAUUACUGGAUGCCUGAUGAGAAAAGGAAACCAAGCUGCUUCCUGGGGUUAUUCAUGUCAACACUUUUUUAUAUUGCUUCUAUGUGUGGAAUCGUGUUGAUGUACUCCCUGUAUGCCCCAAGAACCUCCUGCAGUCUCAACAUAUUUUUCAUCACUUGGACUGCAAUUUUGCUUGUGGUAAUGAUGGCUAUGUCUUUGCAUUCUAAGGUCAAUAGAGGUCUCUUAUCUUCAGGGAUCAUGGCUUCUUAUAUUGUUUUCCUCUGUUGGUCUGCUAUCAGAAGUGAGCCUGCCACUGAAAACUGCAACGCACAAAAGCAAGAGAAGAGUAAUGCUGAUUGGAUAACUGUACUGAGCUUCCUCAUUGCAAUAUGUGCAAUUGUGAUGGCAACCUUUUCCACAGGCAUUGAUUCACAAUCAUUCCAGUUCCGCAAAGAUGAAGUUCAAGAGGAGGAUGAUAUCCCUUAUAAGUAUGGAUUUUUCCACAUGAUAUUCUCCCUGGGGGCUAUGUACUUUGCUAUGUUGUUCAUCAGCUGGAACCUAGAUAGCUCAGCCAGGAAAUGGAGCAUUGACAUCGGUUGGGCAAGUACGUGGGUGAAAAUUGUGAAUGAGUGGUUAGCAGCCACGAUUUACCUUUGGAAAUUGAUUUUCCCAGUGGUAAGGCAGACCAAAGUCAUGGAUCAUGAAGACACUACACAGCAGAUACACAACUCAGCUUUGCCAUGAUUCCAUUUAAUCCAUUGCCUGUAUUGUUAGUAUUCUUUCUUCAUUUGAUAUUGAGAGGUUGGAAGUUCUUGUUUAGGCUUCAUACCACUGUAAAGGACAAACAAGAAUUUCAAUUCAAUGACCAGCGGAUCAAGAA